AUGAGGGCCUUCCCCUCCCCUCUCACCCCUUCUCAUGCCCAGAAGAAUACUCCUCCCAUCAAAAAUUACCUGCGGGGUGAAGGCUGUUGUGUGGCUUUGGCUGUGCUUUGCAGCUCCUCUGUGCCGCCUACCUUCGAAGAAAAGCCUAGAGAGACUCAGUCGCUCGUCAACCCCUGUCCAGAUCUGCAACAACAGGAGCAGCAAGAGGAGAAGCAACAGGAGCAGCAAGAGGAGAAGCAGAAGCAACAGGAGCAGCAAGAGGAGCAGAAAUAUCAGCAGCGACAGGAGCAAAAACAGAAGCAGAAACAACAGGAGCAGAAACAACAGCAAUCCUCCGCAAGCGACAGCAGCUGCGCAGUGCCUGUCAUUUAUUAUGUGCGGCCUUUGUUAACCCUUGAGGCGCAUCUCUUCACAAGUCUUCUCUUCGCGCUUAUUGCAGAUCCUGCAUCUCAACAACAGCAGCAACAACAACAGCAACAGCAGCACCAACAGCAACAGCAACAGCAACAGCAACAGCAACAGCAACAGCAGCCAAAGUCUCAGGCUGUUGGUCUUUUGGUGCAGUUGCUCGCCGCUCAGGGACUGCCCUUCGCGGGAGUAGUGACUGCUGAUUCGCAGCAGCGACAUCCCCUCCUGCCUAGCCAGCAGCAGCUUCAACUCGACACGCAGCCGUCUCAAGAUUCCAGCGUCGGGGAGAUGCAACUGCGGCGACGGCUAGUGAGCUUUGUGCGCGCUGCAUGCAAGCAGCAACGGCUACAGUGGCAGCGCAACGAGGACCUUGUCGAAGUGCUCCGCAGCAGCAGCACACAGCAGCAGCAGCAAGGAGGGGGGGGGGUCGAGGAGGACGGGGUGACGCUGCAGCAGCGCCAGCAGUUACUGCUGCUGCUGCAGCUCGACAACCAGCUGCAACUGCUCCUGCAGCAGCAGCAGCAGCAGCAGCAGCAGCAGCAGCAGAUGUCUGAGUUUGGAGGGGCCUGCACAACAACAGUGUCUCAGGGAUGUGAAUCCCAGCAGAGUGUCAGUGCUGCCCCUGCAGCAGCUGCAGUGAGGCAGUAUUUGCAGCGUCUCUUAAGCUCGCCAGCCAUUACGGCUGCUCGUCAUAGCUACAGACUGCGGACUGCGGGUGCCUCUGUAUCGGCGAUCAAGCGAGAAUGGAAGCAUCAAUUCGGGGAGUCGCUCUCUCAGCGGCUGCGGGAGGCUGGAGUGUCUUUUAGCCAAGUGGUGGAGGGGGAACCUCAGUUGUGUGUUUUGGGGUAUGGAAGAUCAGGGAGGAUUGCUGUUCGACAACACCUCCAAGAAUUUGGCUUGCUGCAGUGCAUGGGUUGUAGAGAAUCAGGUUUAGCAGAUCGUGUGAGAGGGUUCGGAGUGUGGGCAGCACAUGCGUCUUGCAACGGAGGGGGGGAGAGGUUGCGCCAAGAGGCCUUAUGCAAGCUACCAGUAGCAGCAGCAGCAGUAGCAACAACUUCUUGGGGUGAGACUCUCUCAUAUGUGAUGCAGGCGCAAGAAAAUGUCCAUCGAACCCUCGACGAGGUGCACCUACCUGUGAAAGGUUAG